GUCUUUCGGGUACUUUACGUCUAGUUUUCCCUAAUAGAAAACAGAAAUAAUUACUGCCCCUUUUGCGCUUCGAAGGACUGAUGUGAUAAUUAAGGGAGCCAAGACUAGGCAGCAGUCACAACAAGAAUAAACUACAAUUCCCAAAAUGCCCAAAGAGGCUGACGCCAGUCCGGGAAACAAUUCCAGCUUUAGGGCAAAGGUGACCCUUCUGGGCCCCCCGGCUAAGUAGUGAGAGCCGGUCCUCGCCUCUUCAAUGAUGCAUCCAGGGAUUUGUAGUUCCCUCAAGGCCAUGGCCUGCCCUUAGGGCCCGUCUUUUACUACAAGUCCCGUGAUGACCCGAGGCGCGGGCAGCGCCUGCGUGUUGAAGCCGAGGGAGCGUGCGGGCGGUGCUAGUGGCGGGAGGAGUAAAGAUGGCGGUGCGGGGGUCUCCGCCUUCUGCUCCCGGCUGAAGCGCUCUGAAGGAAGCGGCAGCGGCAACUGGGGCAGCAAUAGCAAUCCAGUGGUGGUAGUUACAGCAGCGGCUGCUGAGGACAGAGCAAUGGCGGAGUUGGAGCACCUGGGCGGGAAGCGGGCGGAGUCGGCGCGAAUGCGGCGGGCUGAGCAGCUUCGGCGCUGGCGGGGCUCGCUGACAGAGCAGGAACCCGCGGAGCGACGAGGCACCGGUCGGCAGCCGCAGACUCGUCGCGGGAGCCCAAGAGUCCGCUUCGAGGACGGUGCUGUCUUCCUGGCCGCUUGCUCUAGCGGGGACACCGACGAGGUGAAAAAGCUUCUGGCGAGAGGUGCAGACAUUAACACGGUCAACGUGGACGGUUUGACAGCCCUGCACCAGGCCUGUAUUGAUGAAAAUUUGGACAUGGUGAAGUUUCUGGUGGAGAACAGAGCCAAUGUAAACCAGCAGGACAACGAAGGCUGGACACCCCUUCAUGCAGCAGCCUCCUGUGGCUAUCUCAACAUAGCAGAGUAUUUCAUCAACCAUGGAGCCAGUGUGGGUAUUGUGAAUAGUGAAGGUGAAGUCCCGUCUGACCUUGCAGAAGAGCCUGCCAUGAAGGAUCUUCUUCUGGAACAAGUGAAGAAGCAAGGAGUUGAUCUAGAGCAGUCAAGAAAAGAAGAAGAACAACAGAUGCUACAGGAUGCCCGCCAGUGGCUCAACAGUGGGAAAAUAGAAGAUGUAAGGCAGCCUCGUUCAGGGGCCACAGCCCUCCAUGUGGCGGCUGCCAAGGGCUACUCUGAGGUCCUCAGACUUUUAAUCCAGGCUGGCUAUGAACUCAACGUUCAGGAUUAUGAUGGCUGGACACCCCUCCAUGCUGCGGCACACUGGGGUGUGAAGGAGGCUUGCUCCAUCCUGGCAGAAGCUCUCUGUGAUAUGGAUAUCAGGAACAAACUGGGCCAGACACCAUUUGAUGUGGCUGAUGAGGGUCUUGUGGAGCACUUGGAGAUGCUCCAGAAGAAGCAGGAUGUGCUUCGCAGUGAAAAAGAGACACGAAAUAAGCUCAUUGAGUCAGAUCUGAACAGCAAGUUGCAGAGUGGACUCUUUAAGAACAAAGAGAAGAUGCUCUACGAAGAAGAGAUACCCAAGUCCCAAGAGAUGGAGGAAGAAAACAAAGAGUCCAGCAGCUCCAGCUCAGAGGAGGAGGAAGGUGAAGAUGAAGCUUCUGAGUCAGAAACCGAGAAGGAGGCAGAUAAAAAGCCAGAAGCCAUUGACAACCAUUCCAACUCUGAAAGCAAGAGUAUUAUUACGGAACAGAUACCACCACCAGCUCAGAAUACCUUCUCUGCCUCUUCAGCUAGGAGAUUCUCCUCCAGCCUUUUUAACAAGCCGGAAGAGCCCAAAGAUGAAUCUCCUUCUUCAUGGAGACUGGGACUCAGAAAAACUGGCAGCCACAACAUGCUGAGUGAGGUGGCCAAUUCCAGAGAAGCCCUAAGGGACCGAGGCUCUUCCAUCUACCGGUCAUCAUCAAGCCCUCGGAUUUCUGCUCUGCUGGACAACAAAGAGAAGGAGAGAGAAAACAAGAGCUAUUUUAGUUCACUAGCACCCCGGAGGCUCAGCAGCACAAGUGACAUUGAAGAAAAGGAGAACAGAGAAUCAGCUGUCAAUCUAGUAAGGAGUGGGUCCUAUACUCGGCAGCUGUGGAGGGAUGAAGCGAAGGGAAGGGAAACUCCGCAGACAAUUGCUCCUUCUACCUAUGUAUCAACCUACUUGAAAAGUGCUUCCUUUGGUAGAAGUAGUGACCCCACAAGUCCCUACAUUUCAGCCAAUCGCAAUUCAUCUCCUGCUACCUCACCCAUUACCAUUGGUUCAUCUACCUCUCGGGGCAGCAAGUGGCAACCUGCCUCUUCUUGCCCUGCACCAAUCAGUGCAAACACUACUGCAUCUGUACACCACGGCAGGACUCCUUACAAAUCGCAGGCUGACUCAACAGCAGAGAAAACAGCGGACAAUGUCUCUUCUAGCACCCCGCUCUGUGUGAUCACUAAUCGCCCUUCACCCAACACUGCCAAUGGGGUUACAACUGCCACUCUGCUCUCCACUCCUGGAACAGACUCCUCGGUGGAAGCCAGGGAGAAGAGGAGGUCAUAUCUGACUCCUGUACGGGAUGAGGAAGCGGAAUCUUUACGGAAAGCGCGCUCCAGACAAGCUCGGCAGACUCGAAGGUCUACUCAAGGCGUGACACUAACAGACCUUCAGGAAGCAGAAAGGACAUUCAGCCGGUCGAGGGCAGAACGGCAAGCACAGGAGCAGCCUAGCCAGAAGCCCGUGGGCCCCGAAGGGCUUGAGGGAAGCCCAGAAAAGCAUGAGCCCUCAGCAGUCCCAGCGAAGGAAGCUGGUGAGGGUCGUCAACCCUGGGGCCGGAGUCUGGAUGAGGAGCCUGUCUAUCGUCGCCUGAGGUAUUCAGCUCAGCCAGACAAACCCACAACACCAGUGUCUCCUUCUGCAUCAAGACCUACUCUCUACACUAGUUCUCAUCUGCUGCGGACGAGCAGACCUUCAGUCCCCGACACCGAGAGUUCCGAGACCAGCACAAACGCUGCGGUUGCAAAGGAAAUGGACAAAAAUGAGAGUGAAGAUGCAGAUGUGGAUGAUCAGUCCUCUAAUAGGCUGUCCAUCCGUGAGAGGAGGAGGCCCAAGGAGCGGCGAAGAGGCACAGGCAUCAAUUUCUGGACAAAGGAUGAAGAUGAUACUGAAGUCUCUGAAGAGGUAAAAGCAGCACUGCAUGAAAGACUUUCUAGGUUGGAAUCAGGAGGUAGCAACCCUACCAGCAGCGAUUCUUACGGUGACCGUGACCGGGCCUCAGCAAGAGCCCGCCGGGAGGCACGGGAGGCCCGCCUUGCCAGCCUGACCAGCCGCACGGAGGAGGACAGCAACAGGGAUUAUAAACAACUCUACGAGAGUGCCCUAACCGAAAACCAAAAACUGAAAACAAAACUUCAAGAGGCCCAGCUAGAGCUAGCAGAUAUAAAGUCCAAGCUUGAGAAGAUGGCCCAGCAGAAACAAGAAAAGACCUCUGACCGAUCGUCAAUGCUGGAGAUGGAGAAACGGGAGAGGCGAGCCUUGGAGCGGAAAAUGUCUGAGAUGGAGGAGGAGAUGAAGGUGUUAACAGAACUGAAAUCUGACAACCAGAGGCUGAAAGAUGAAAAUGGUGCCCUCAUCAGAGUCAUCAGCAAACUGUCCAAAUAGACUAGGCUGCAGAUUUAGGAGGGAUGGGACAGCAUUUGCUGCUCCCAUGCCUCUUUUGCAGCCAUUGUCUUCCAACCAAAAGAAGUGAAUGUUUUGGUGGAAGGACAACUUCUUUCUGCCCCUCUUCCAGUCACCUUCUCUGCACUGUACAUUUCCUCUGCACUCUCAGUGCCCUGUUCCUCCUAUACCCCCACCCCCAGAAUUUUAUGACAGUUUUAACUGAAGCAUGAUUGUGAUAAUUGGAGCCAUUUGAGCCAUCUGGAGAAGGCCUUGGGGAGCACACCAGGCUCAGCUGUGGACCCCAACUUCCUGCUGCUCAGCUACUUGUCCACAUUGGAUUUGGUCCAAACAUGUAAGGCCUCUACCCAAACUAGUACCCCACAGCCUUUUAUGCUGACCCAGUGUCCUCUGAUAUAGGUAGGUCUUAUGGUGGCCAUUCCAGGAUCCUGUCUGGGAUGCCAAGAGAAACAGGAUGUUGGCAUAAUCAUCCGACAGCCUCUGGAGCUGUGUUUCCAUUAAGAUUCCAAGGUGACAGUGACUCUGCAUUGAAGGUCACCUCUGCUAGUCUUCACCUCAGGAACUGACUUUUAUCUAACUCCUUGCUGGUGUUACUGUUAUUUUUUCUAUCAACAACCCAGUAACAUCCCUGACGAGUCUUAACUCCUACUCCUCCCUCGUGCUUAGUCCCCUUCCCCAGGGCUCAGAUGACCCUGGCUUCAUUUAUUCCUUUCCCUUCUAUCCUCUCAUUUCUCUUUCUGUCUCCCCUCACCACCUUGCUACAUGGUAUAAAAGCUAGAACAGAGCAUCUGACCUCACUUGUCUUUGGCCAUUAUGGAAAGUCAUUUCUCCUGGGACCCUCUGGAGACCAGAAGAAUUGCAUUGGUGGUGGCACCACCAGCCUCCUCGCUGAAAAGCCAGACCAUCAAUAACGUCAGACCGCUGUUCUCAUCUCCGAUUUGUUUUCCCUACACAGUGAUUUUCUGUGUUAGAAAAUCUGGGCUCUGAACACCCCAUUCUGCCUCACCUCCUUUUGACCUUGUUUUCCUCUCUUCACUCUGGCACCCGUUCCUAAUGAAAAAGUAAGCCCUUGCAAGGAGGCAUGAGAGCUGGGAAGGGUGGAUUGAUGGGAUGCAGACUGGGGAGUGGAAGCAGGUUGGAAAGACAGAUACGGUGAAAAGUAGCAUCUGGGGACACUUGCAACCUUGUGAUAAAGAAGGUAGAAGAUGGCAGCCCAUCGUGCUGUGAUAAUGGUGAAUGUGACUAUUUCUGGUGGCUAGAUUUAGAGGAGAAACAUUUGUUUUCUUAGAAGCUGGCAGGAGAAAUGACUUCUUAACAGAGGUUUAAAGUGAUGAGAUCCUUCCAACCCAUUGAGGAGAGUCAUGGAAUCUUUGAGUGGCAAAGCCACUCAUGUGAUUGAGCUUUCUGUCAUUGUGCCACAGCUCACUGCCCACUGCCACAGCUCUGACCCACAGUCAGGUGUUCCCUGGUGGCUGUGCAUUUAUUCCUUGAAAGUUGGGCAAUUCUAAUAACCAGAAAGUUUUUCCUAGUAUGAGUUAAGGUCUCCCUGUGGAUUCUCCACAUUGUUCAGUACUGCCCUUUGAUGGGACAGUCCUUUAGAUAUGCAGAGGCGUGGAUCUCCCCUUAACCUUACUUUCAUCUGACGUUUCCCCAGUCCUUUGGGGCAUACCUCACAUGGCAUACUUUUCCUGCCUGUCACAUCUCAUCUGUCAUUUUCUGGACAAAAACAGCCUUUUAAAAUAUCAUGCCCGACCUGGACGGAUACUCCAUUAGCACAAAAUUAAACCAUUGGUCCUUGGUGAUGACCCAAUAUUAAGACUUAACGUAUUUGCUCUUUAUAGGUGUUUUCUCCCUUGGUUCGUUUAUUUUGAGUGUGCAGGUCAUUUCGGUUCUCUUCAUUUUAGAGUUGCCCGUGAUAUUCAGUGCUUUGAGUGGUCCAUUCUCUUAACAUAUACUACCUCUGUCCAUUUUUUAUUUCUUUCCAGAAAAUGACAAUAUAGUUCUCCAUGGCUCUUUGAAACAUUACAUGCUCUUUAAACCAGAGGCUAUAAUUCAAGAUCCUAAUUCCAGAAGAGGAAAUCUGUCUCCCCUGGCAAAAGAUCCAUUUUUAGAGUAUACAGAAUCCUCUCUUCCACUUCCAACUAUUUUCCAAGAGAAGCUGCUACUGAUUAGGAUUUUGUAUGGUCACAGGAGCAUGUGGACUCAGUUCUCAGGGAAUGCUAAAUUAGAGAACAGUGUUUCCUCACUUCCACUAUAAACAUCCCCUUCAUUCUAGAGAGAGGGGAAAUCAACACAAGGUGUUGAGUAAUUAAUUCUCCUGGCACAUCCCAGAUAUUGGGCAAGGGAUGGGGGUGGUUCGUUGCCUCCUCUUUCUCAGGAAAAGAAAAUUGAAUUAUUAGGAAAACAUCUUGACCCUCUUCCAUUAGAUAGACAGGGUAAAGGGGUUACGGAGAGUUCCCUCAGAUCUGUUUGUGCCUUUCAAAUGUAUGGGACAGAAUAUAAAGACUCUUAGGGUGGUGUCAUGCACCUGCUGCUUCACACAGCCCUUUCCCAUUAAAGAUGCCUUUUCUUGCCAGAAAAGUUUUCCUUGUGAUGAAAAAUGUACAAGCUUUUCAGUCUCAGGAAUACUGAAUUCUAUGGCCAACAGCAUGAAAGUGUAAACCAUGCUAAGUGAUUUCAGGCACUCUCUCUUAUGCAAUUAAUUUUAUUAGACAGAUAGACUCUGAAUUCUGGUCACUUUCCAGAGAAUAAAAUAACCUUUCUUCACAGUUGGAUUGACUGGAAGCUCCGGGAGUGAUGGUUAGGGACCUAAGGACGAGCUGUGCCCCCAGGUGCCAGCAACAGCAGGCUUCCCUUCUCUUUGCUGUUGGUCUCUCCAGUGGCCACAGACCUGUGUCCUCACCCUGCUGCUGUGGAUGCCCGUACACACCCAGAUCGCUCACGCUGCAUGAUACUGCUGGUCUGGCCAACAGUUUGCAGCUCAGCUGUGUCACUUUAGUAUUUACAUGAAACAGCAGAAGGGGGAAAAGAAGGUUCCCAGUACAGCUCUACAUCCUCUGUUCUCAUUGAUUUGAUAUUUUUCAAAACCAAGCCACACCUUUGGGAGUAAUGGUUUGGCCAUUCCAGAGAUUCUCUGGCUGAAGUUUCACUGCUUUGCCUAUUUGUCUUUCAAGGGCUACUUAUUCUUUUCCAGAUAGUUCUUGGGCAUAAUGGCCCCCAGCCCCAGUGCUGGUCUCUAGUGCAACAGGGUGAUGCAAAUCUUAGGGUGUUGCCUCGAAAGAAUCCGAAGAAUAGACCUGCCCUGGGCUUAUUCAGUGCACUGAGUACUCUCUUGGGAAGUCUCACUUGGUAUUUCCUGGAACCUCCCUGCCGUGUCCUGUCCGACAGCAGGAUGUGUUCACUUCUCUUCUGGGCCUUCCUGUCUCCCAUUCCAUGGUUGAGACCCAAGAUGCAUGUAUUGCUCUCUGAGGCCACUGCCGGAAGGAGGCUUCAGAUCUCUGGUUUGGAUCAUUUCACAUGCUUUCCCUGCCCAAAACAAAACGUGCUUAUUGGACAAUUCCAAGAAGGCUGAAUCCCCACGUAUGAGCCUGUGAAUCCCACAAAAAUGUGUGUGAACUGUUUUGCUAUCAAGGGCUUUUAACUGAGCCAGAGAUGAGAGAAGAAACUCUCAAAGUCAUGCAGUUUGUUCGGUCUCUGGAUUUCUGGCCCCAGUGCAGCAUCUCUUCGCCAGACAGAUCCACUGCCUGCCCUCAGGGAAAGGCCAGCGUUCCAGCCCGGGCCGCUGGCACGGGAGAAGGUCCUGACAGCGUUGGCGCACUCCGUAUGCGGUGGUGGGCGCGAGGUGAGCAGAAGGGGCGUGGAGAUGAGAGAACUAUUUAAAGUGUCAUCAGCUAUUCAGCCUCCAGGGAAAAGUGUGUAAAGGAUUCAGCAACUGAGCCAGUAGGCAGAGGGGGACACCUAAUUCCACCCCACCCAGUGAGCACUGCUUCCACCAGCGCCUAAGGACGCACACUAUGUGGACCCCGGCUGGUGUCCUUCCCUUCUCGUCAUUCUCAGAGGCCAUUGUUUGUGCUAACACUGCACCUAACUUUAGACACACAGUUGUCAAUUAUUGGUGGUCCCUGCCUAGAUCUAGCCCCAACUGUAACUGCAUAUCUUGGUCUCCAUGCUGAUUUUUUAAGGCAGAUUUCAACCCCUAUCAAAGGAUGUGAUUCCUCUGACCCAAUAAGCAAGGCAGCUUUGAGGGCAGAAUAAGGCAACAUGAAGGGAUAAGCCGCUAGGGGUCAGAACAUCUGGAUUCUAGGGCCAACUCUUGUGACCUUGGGAGAGCCACCGUCCCUGUCUGCAAAUGGCAAUUGGACUAAUAAUCCUUGAGAUCCCUUCUAGGUUUCAGAUUCCAUAAUUUGUUUAUACCUAGGAAGGAAGAUCAGAAUAUUUCUGACACUCAAGAGUUUUUGCUCUUUCCAAGGGCAAAAAUUCUUGUUUUCUUAUGGAUUCAAACUGUUUUAACAUCAGCAAGUCAAGGUUGGUUUCUCAUCCUUGUUAGAAAGUGAAUUUAAUAUUGAGGGUAAUUGAAUGGUGUUGCAAUUGCUUUCCCUCCUAAUGGCUUGGUAAGAAUAUUAAAACCUGUAGAGGUGGAAAUCGGAGCUCAUGGGGUAAUGGAUAGAAAGCAAUUUGUGGCAGGCAGCCUUUGGACAAAUUGUUUUAAUAGGAAAUAGAGCUGCUGCUUCAUAGAUUUCCUCAACCUACCUUUCCUCAGCCUUCUCAAAUGUGGUCUCCGUGACUGUUCACAUCCAAAGAGCAGACAUUGCCUUUCUGCUUAGUACCAGCUUGCUCCUAGUCUUAAAUUCUGCCCUGUAGCAGCAAGAGAAUUUUCCUCAAUGAGAGCCUCAGCCUUUAGUUCUGCUGAGCUCCUCUGGAUUCUGGACUAGACAUAGAAGCUUCCAUGCUGUUCAGGAUGGUCCUUCCUUUAAGCAAGUCUGCAGAGCACUCUAUGAGGACAGUAAACACAGACCCUAAGUCCCCACAGCCAUAUUGCAUAGAACAGUGCUCAGCUCCGACAAGCCUCCUGCAGGACCGAGUGUGAGCAGAGGGGAAGGACAGAAACCCUGAAAGUGGAGGUGGCCAUGAGCUGCGGUGGGAAGGUGGGAAGCAGGCAGAACAAAGCAGCGUGGAGGCUGCCAGCACCAGAGGAAGGGGUCACUGAGCUGCAGAGCUGCAUGCAGGGAAAUGAGUGCUGGCUCGCUGGUGCCCUCAUCCCUUGGCCUCCAGCAGAGCUCAGAUUUUUAUCAGCUUCCCUAAUGGGUAUCGACAUUGCUUGGGAGCAGCAGACCCUAUCAAGGACAGCUAUUGAUCGCUCGUGCUCUGAUUAGAUUGGAAAACAGAUCAACUCCACUGCUGCCCAGGAACUGUUUACUGUCACAGCGACUAGGAAAGGAGGUAGUCUCUGGAGACUGAGAAAAACCAAAUCGAGACUCAUGACAGCGACUUCCCAGCGACUGCAGGGGAAGAGAUGUAUUCACUUCUCCUUUGAGAUUUGUGAAUGAGCGUCAAAUUGCACCUAGUGUGGCUUGCAACCCAGUGUUCCGGAAGCCUCUCCUCAGGAAGAACUGUAAUAAGGGGGCGUGUUUACAGACAGGCACCAUUGCUGAGUGAUGAAUUGAUUGAUGAAUGAUCUGAUCGUACCUAAAGAGGUUUAACAAUGUGGAGAGCACUAUUCUAGCCUGUAUGCAUACACAUGCACAUUUGCCAGUACAGAGCUUCCAAAAGGAAGUCUGGCAUAUUUCUUGAUGAACCAAUUUUAUCCAAGUGUAUUAUCACGUUAA